AUGAGUAGACAAGACUUAAUCAGCCUUCUAAAUGAUUAUACCACCAAAGUGCAGUUGAGAAGAAACCGAAAAACCGAGGCACUUGAAUACUGGGAGCAAUUUGUAACUGACAUUAUAAAUUCUGUAAAGAGAAGCGACAGACGCUUCGCGAAUUUGCACAUUUUUCACACUGGAAGCUAUUACGAUGGCUCAAAAGUUCGGAAGCCGGAUGAGUUUGAUAUGAUGUUGGUGAUGGACAACUUAGAACUCGACGGUGAGCCUUAUGGAGAAGACGAAGAUGAUGGUAUGAGCGAGCCGCCAACAGGUGCGAGGUUGCAAUUUUCUAUUUUCGCUUUUUCUUAAGCUAGGAAAUUACUAUGUAAUAUGAGCUACACAGAAAAAUUUCUCCCUGUUUAUAUAACCGGCAAAAGGACAAAAAAAUGUGUCUACAGACAUUUUGUCACGAAAGAUUAAUAUCAAACAUUUCGCUAUUAAGUUUGCAGAACGCAGAGAACGACUCGAAGGCGACACUACUCGAAGGCAUGACGUAGUUAUCGUUUCAGUGAGGUCCUGUUUUAGUGCAAAUGAAUACCUUGUUUUUCAAAAUUUUCAUGUCAGUCGUUGUAAACGAACAGACGGUCUUCACAAAUAUUGCUACUCAUGCAAGAACAGAUGAGAAUUCCAAAUUAAAUUUAAAAGAGAGGCUUUCCUAAACCUUGCCAACAUUUCUCUCAUUUCCUAAUUUCAGUAGCUAGUACUGAUAGUCUAUUGGUGAGAAACGUAUUCGCCAGUCUGACCCCACCUCCUCCCUUUCCAGCUGCUCAAUCUACCUUCACUUACAAAGAGAAAGCCAAAGUUAGAUGCCAGUGGUCUCAUGACUGAGUUAGAACAACUGAAAAUCUGGAUAGUAUGGAUAGACUGGCCCUAAUAAACACACCACACAAAACUCAGCUAAACCAGACUCGCCGAAAGGCGAAGUCACUGGGCUGCCCAAAAACCGAGACUACGUCAAAAUCAAAUCUACCGCCACCAGACAGAGUAGAAGUAGUAUUAGUAGUAACAACAACAACAACAACAACAACAACAAUAAUAAUAAUAAUAAUAAUAAUAAUAAUAAUAAUAAAAGAGGAAGAAGGAAGAGGACGGGGAGGAGGAGGAGGAGGAGAAAAUUGAUAAGUUUGCCACCGAGGUGCAGAUCAUUGGAGGUGGCGGGGGAGAACUGAGGAUCUUUGUCACAACAAGAGGUCUCCCCCCAGUGGAAUCGAAGGGGACCUUCUAGGUCUGAUCUCAUCAAUUCCUGUGUAAAUAUAUUUUAGGACGUUCCACCACCUCCUGAGCAUUUGCCAUUGCACAUUAAGAUUUAGAUCUUGCACAUUUAGAUCCUGCACAUAAAAAAAUAGGCCAAUAAAAUUAUCCCCCAGUUCUAACAGUGCAUCAGUUUUGUGUUUUAGCUUUUACAUUCCAAUAAUAAAUAUACACAUUGUACGUACAAUCAAGGAUGUCUGGUGUCAACGCGAGAUUUGACUUGACGUUUUAAUUACUACUUAGUUUCGUACCGCCGCCGGCAUGUACGGCACUCCUCAGAUAAAAUUGCCAACAAUUAAGAUGUUAUAACAUAUGCUAAGACUACAAACGCGCGCGCAGAAUUUGAAUAAAAAAACUAUUGCCUGCCAACGGAAGAUGUAAAGCUGCUAAGAAGGAAUUUACGCGCGUUCUUACAGGUACCCUGCGAACAGAGUCUCCUUCGAUCUUCCUAGAUAAGUCGGGAAGAGGAAGGAACCUCUGCCGACAUCCUCGACAAUUCAUAUUGAGCAUGCUCCAAAUUCAAAUUUUUCUGCGACGUCAAUCAAACCGUUACCGUAGCAUCCACUGCGUUUGUCAGCAAAUGUAAAUGUUAGCGGGAACGUAACGGUUCGUUUUCACCCUUCCGUAGCUGUGUUUCCUCUAGAUUGGGAAGCUCUGUAGGAACAAUUUCACCUUUGGAAUAUAAACUUGCCAUGUUUCAGUGUAAAGAGGUUAAAACAUGCUUAAAGCUAUGGUAAAACUUACGGAGCUUUUCAACUAACCUUGAAACAAAGAAACACACAAAACGGAUCGAAAACCACCAAUCACAAAUCACAAACUACGACCUUUUGUUUCCUAAGAGGUUCGCUAAGAUGUAAAGGCGAGCAAGCGAAGAAAGCGCCGCUUCUUCAGAUUUUGAUUGACGUCGUAGAAAAACACAAAAUCCAAAGACGUUUUUGGAAUAGCAGGUCGGGUGUUAUCCACAAACAGCUGUAAAAGCAUCGAUCAUUUACAUGCAAGAUGGAUUCUGUAGCCUCAUGAUCUUAUUUUGAAUUAAUGUUAUGGCAAACACAAAAGAAUAAGCAUAGAUAUUGUUUCUUAAAUAUUUUUAUUCAAAACCCAUUUGUUUAUCCUUCCAAGAACGUCGCGUAACACUUACCGGAUUGUGGAUCCGUUCACGCCAGUAAAAUCGGCUAAUUAUAAGUAAGUGGUUAAAUCCAAAACAAAAUCCAUCUUGAAUCUGGGUGCAUUUUCCAAUUUUUGUAAGACUGAACGUUCCAUCUAUAAUUUUCUCAAAAUUCCUGCAUGAAAUUGAAGAGGCAGCUACUUGUCAUGUCUUGUCAUGGAGCGUGAGCGCAGAAAGAGUCAGCGAAACUCCAGGAUAUGCGUGCGUGCACAGAUAAAACUGGUUUAUCCAGUAUAAAACUUGUCUGACUCAUCCAAAAAGCUGGAUGAUCGGCAGAUCAAACGAUUUGGAAGAUGUCGGCAGAGUCGCUUCCUCUUUCCCGACUUAUCUAGGAAGAUCGAAGGAGACUCUGUUCGCAGGGUAGUUCCAGAUGUGCUAACUGAGUUCUGUACUGAGUCUCUUGUUUGGGUCUCUGAGAGAAGACUUAUGGUUCGAGUAUCUGAAAAGAGUUCUCAGUAAGGCCUCCUCGGCUGGCCUGUUGUCCUCCGUUGCUACUGUGGCUUGGUAGAUCACGGCUGAUUUUAAGCAAUUACCGUCCAGAGGGCAAUUGGGUGGUUGACGGCAGUUGCAAGCUUUAGGUGGUACGGCGUUUGUUUUCCGUAGAGUGGAUUUGUUGUAGCCAUCAAUUUUUUGCUUUAGAUUCGGCAUGCAGCUGUAACUGAUCUUUACUGUGUUCCGGUUGAAGAUUUUAUGCAGGGUUGUACCCGCUGUCAUCGAGAGCUUUCUGAUAAAGAGGCGCCGCUUUGCUAAAGGAAUCUUCAUCUAAAGAGAUUUCGGACAGCCUUUUGUUAAUGCACUUUGGGAUGUUUUCGAUGAUGCGGGAUGGAUGGUUAGAUUUCUUGUUGACGUAGAGUGGAAUGUUUCGUGGUUUGUUGUAUGGCAAGUCCAGGUUAAGUGUGACGUCAAGAAAGUUUACUACUUUCUUAUUGGCCUCGACAUGUAAUCUUCAGACCGUACUUUGCGAAAAUGCCACACAAUUCCUUCUUUAUAAGCUCGGCCUGCCGCGGUGAUGCCUUGGUUACGCCUAGACCAUCAUCUCUGUACAAGCCAAAGUUACAUGCGUUACCGAACCUUUCCUUGAUGUUGUGGAGGAGGUAAGUGCCGACGAGUUCGCAUGAUUCGGCACCAUCGUAACUGCCCAUGGUCACAUCGAAGAGGUUUGAUGACGUUCUCUUGCUCCAUGGCUCACCGGAGUUGUGGAGAAGAGAACUUUUUGCCUGAAGGAUAAUAUGCCGUUUGUAGUCUUAGCGUAUGUUAUAACGAAAUUUUUGUUGACAAUUUUAUCUGAGGGGUGCCGUACAUGCCGUGCGGUAGGAAACUAAGUAGUAAUUAAAAUGUCAAGUCAAAUCUCACGUUGACACCAGACAUCCUUGAUUGCACUACGCUCUAGUCCUUCUAUUGAGCACCCUGCCGAUAGGCGUGCAUAUGCAUCAACUGGUGUAUUGUAUGUACAUAUUUAUAAUAAUAAUAACGACAAUAAUAAAUAAUAAUAAUAAUAAUAAUUGUACAAACAGUGAUUUCAGUGUCACCUUUCUGUCAUAAGUUAAUGAAUAUUUUGUUCUGUUAAUGAUCAGGAUUUACUACAGUAAUGAUUGACCAGGGUGAAGAAUUGCAGUGGAAGCAAGACAGGCAAGACAGGCAAGACAGUCAAGACAAUUGUGUUAAUGCACGGGGAAUGUUAAAUGCCCAAAGGGUCAAGGAAGUUUUUGCACGGCUCAUCAGAAAUGCUAUUGGCACUCUCGCUCAGCGAUAUAGUAGCAGGUAUGAGCAUAUAAAUAUACCAGUAUGUGACAAAUGGCUCCAGACAUAAUGGGGAAAAAUCCUUAAUAGUUGCAAGUCUGUUUCAUUUCUAAGGAACAAUAUUAGUAACUACAGUCAUAAUUUAAUAUCAUUGGUUUAAAUAGUUAGCCCAGCCCAUCUCUACCCUAAAAUGGUCUAUCCCUAAGACAAAGACUUGUUUAACCAAAGUGAAUAAUUACAAAUUCUAAUUUGUUUUGAGCACAUAGACAGCACAACUGGAGCAACAAAACUCAUAACAGAAACUCCGUUGCAGAAAGAGUAAUAUUAUAAUAAAUUAUUAUUUUAUUAACAAAAUUUGAUUAUUUAAUGCCUGUUAUUGACCUUAUAACUACUGUGAAAGGUUUGAACCCAGGAGUCAUUUCAAAAGGUUGAGUUUGAUCGUCCGGGUGAACGUAGUCCUGAAUAGGACUGUUGCUGUUGACAUGCAGUGACUGACGUUUCGACAACCUGUGCGGUAGUCAUCUUCAGAGUGAAAGUGAGUUGUAUCACGUCAGUUGAUGGUAUUAUACUCUGGUUAUUGAUCUGACUGGUCAAUUAUGUCGCGAUGUUAUUGGUCGUCUGUCAGUUAAGCCGUGAUGUUAUUGGCUAUGAAGACUCGUAAUCAGUGAUUGGUACGUUUCGAUCCGUCUAUUGUCACAGUUAAACAGUCGUCUAUUGUUAGGUCAAAUUGUCAGAUUGUAUUAUACCAGAGUAUAAUACCAUCAACUAACGUGAUACAACUCACUUUGACUCUGAAGAUGACUACCGCACAGGUUGUCUAAACGUCAGUCACUGUCAACAACAACAGUCCUAUUCAGGACUACGUUCACCCGGACGAUCAAUCUCAACCUUUCUUAUAACUACUGUUAGUUAUUACUAUUAUUACAAGUGAUACCGGUAAAAGUAAAUUAUAAUUAUUUUACACUAUAUAAAGUUUCACUUUUAAACCCUAAAAUAAUUUAAUUAAAAAGGGUUAGCAUUUUUGUCCUUCUUCGGUGCCGCAUAUUUACAAGUAUAUACCACGAGCACUGGACGAAAAAACGGAUUUGCCUAAGUUUGCUAGUUGAGCAAAUCUAUUGUAAAUUUAGGGUAAUAAUGUUGCUACUUAUUUGUUCUUGGUGCAAAUUUUGUUCGAAAGUGAAAGUUUACUUUUCUGCAAGGGUGGUGUAAAUGUGGAGUAAAUAUCAGGUUUACAGAUAUUUUGUUUCACUUUUGCUCCCCAUAGUAAAUUUGGUGUUUAGAUUCAAAUUUGCCGCCAUUUUGUUCUCUGCGUAAAAAUCGAACGUCAAAAAUGAAUGUUUGCUUGAUAUUUUCUGGCAUAGCAAAGUUAAUGUGUAAAUUUAUGGUUGCUAGAGGCGUAAAUUUAAGCAAAAUAUGAUCAAAGAACUAUCUUUACGACCACUUUAACCAACGUUUGCACAUUUACCAAACUUCACAGUGCUAUUUCACGCAAGUUUUGAUUUUCCAUUGCCCCGUUUCAAUCACCAUCACAUUCUUCUCAGAGUUUAUCAUAUUACUUGCUGCAGCUGGUUAUUUCGGGUAAGGCCAUCCCUCCCUUUUUUUUCGUUUAGCGUCGAAUGCGUUUCCUGAUAUUGGGUCGGUGGCUCGGGAAAAAACAUAUAUCACAAGAAGUCUCGGAAUAGGAGGCCCUGACGUAAAACGUUACCAUUUACAAUUUGGGUGAACAAAAUGCACAAUAUGUGAAAGGUUUGAACCCAGGAGUCAUUUCAAUAGUAGAUUGCAGAGUUUCAUCGUCCGGGUGAAUGUAGUCCUGAAUGCACUCCAUCGCAAGAUAAGCCGCCAUGUUUGUUGUUUCCCAGGCUUCCACGUGACUUUGGCACAUGCGCGAUUUGAUUUACAUUGUCACGUGCGGCUUUUGAACCAAUAGAAUAAUGUAAAAUAAACUUUCGUUGAACAGUUCAAAUUCACGCGGACUUCUCAAGCAAUACAGCGUUGCAAAACGAGUAGUUUUGUUAUUUUCGGAUAAUAGAAAGCCUGUCUUUCUAUUCAGCUGUUCUAUUACGAUUUAUACCUUUGUUAUUUUCGAGAGACAGUGAUCAGUUGCGAUAUUCUUCACAUAAAGCCUGUUUCCAAGUCAUCAACUCAGCUGGAUUGCAGAAAGGUAUGUUCUUCUUGAUAUCGUGGUUCGUUUACUUACUUUGGUUUUCUAAUAACUUUGCGUAAGCUUAAAACCUCAAAGAUAAAUCUUAAAAUUUAAGAUGCAUGCACAGAUAUGCCAUUAAUUGAUUCCUUUUUGUUUACUGCAGAAAUAACUGUACUCUUUGUUGCGCAUCGUCUUCAUUAAUGGAAUAAUCUUAAGUAGCUAGAUCUUGAGCUGUGCAGGCAAACAUUUCUUUUACACCAAUGUAAGUCGGUGAUGUGACCUUAGCAUGUCCAUAAUUCAGUAAUUUGCCUUGUUGUACAGCUGAGUUAAUAUGUUAGAUCUUUGGGGUUACUGUACUUUUCAGCAGGGCGUAACACAUCGAUCGAAAUCGAUCAUCGGAAAGCUAAUCGAUAAAUCGAUACUACUCGAUAUUACUCGAUAAUAAUCAAUCGAUUAAGCAAAUUAAUCGAUCAAAAUCGAUAAUCACACAAGUUUGAGCAUUUGGUAUCGAUUUCUAUCGAUUUCGUGAAACUUUCGAAGAUUCCACGAGAAAACAACCGCUCAUAAUCUGCCCCGAGUAAGCCAAUUUGAUCGAAACAAUAGUGUUGAAUAUAUUUACUACAAAGCAAGACUGGCUUAGUGCACCCUGUAUUAACUCUGAUUAACCAUCGCUUUCAUCCGCUUUCAUACCUUAACACCGGCUAUUAAACAACGCCGAACAACGGCAACUCUCAGGCGUCAAACUAGCAAACCUCAGCAAACGCAUUUUUCGACAUUUUGUCAGCAGCCAUCAUUUUCGGUUUGAGAUUAAAUUCUUUGACCCACCGACCCAUUCAGCAUUCACCGGCCCAUUCAUUCUGCAUUCAGUAUGCUGCUGAGUAUAUUAGAAAAAUGUGCAAAUAUAGUCAGUCACGGAUAGUCGACAGAACACCUUUAGCCGGCUUUAGCGUGUUUGUCAAACGCAUCGGCGAGAGCAAGGCGCGAUAGCUAAGAAAUUAGGGGAGACUGGGGCGAGGGGGUGGGGUGCCCGCGGCAUUUUAUCAGAUCCUGUUUUGAACAGCGUUUGUGCCAUUCUCAGCAUUUUUAUCAGUUUGAUAUGAAGUUACUGUUACUGUUACUGUUACUGUUACUGUUGUUUUGUUACUGUUGUUGUUUUACUGUUGUUUUAAAAGAUAUGAAAUACAAUGUAGAUAGUAAUUAACGUCAAUUUUUAAGGUGAAUCAUUUCUUCGUUUCGAUACCCGCGAGAAGAAUAUAUAUGUUCAUGUCUUACAGUGUUUCGCAGCGUCAAAAAGGUUAGGAGAGACAAAUAAAAGAUUGUUCAAACAAACUUCAUUAAAAUGGAAUCUUUUAGCGGGAAACUGGUUGUUUCGCUUAGUAGUUGUUUCGCUAACGAACUUCUUAGGUUAGUUCGCUAACGUAUAUUCUUCGUUCUAUAAGCGUGAACAGUACCUUUUCUUGCCCAAUAUUAUCGAUUGAAAUCGAUACUAAUCGAACGAGAUCGAUACUAAUCAAACGAAAUCGAUACUAAUCGAACGAAAUCGAUCAAAUCGAUAAUCACAAAGAAUCUGGCGAUCGAUUUUUAUCGAUUUCCGAUAUUAAUCAAUUGAUUAGUAUCGAUGUUUAUCGAUGUUUAUCGAUUUUGAUCGAGUAUCGGAAUUAUCGAUGUGUUACUCCCUGUUUUCAGGUGACAGCACUUGACAAAGCAGUGGUCACUAUAAUUUAUUAUUUAAUAUUCUACUACAUUUCAAAUGACAAAUGAUUUUCCUUUUGAAAUUUUUACAGUCAAAAACUCUUGUUUUACAUCUAUACAUAAUUAUCGUUCAGUGAUAUUGUGAAAUCUUAAUUUGGUUCAUUUUGCAAGUGACGGCAUAAGUUUGCCAGAUCUUGAAGCAUAUGUGUCAUUCUGAGUGACCAGUGUAUUAUUGUUCCACAUUUAAAUGACAAAUGAUUCUUAUUUCAUAAAUUGUACCAUCCAAAACUCUUAUGGUUUAUACAUAUGGUGCAGUGAUACUGUGAGAUCUUAAUUUUGGUUCAUUUUGCGAGUGACGGCACUUGCCAGAUCUUGGAGCCUACAGUAUGUGUCAUUCUGAGUGACCACCGUAUUAUUGUUCCACAUUUAAAUGACAAGUGAUUCUUCUUUCAUAAAUUGUACCAUCCAAAACUCUUAUGGUUUAUACAUAUGGUUCAGUGAUAUUGUGAAAUCUUAAUUUUGGCUCAUUUUGCGAGUGACGGCAUUUUUUUCAUUUUGCGAGUGAAGCCUAUGUGUCAUUCUGAGUGACCACUGUAUUAUUGUUCCACAUUUCAAUGACAAGUGAUUCUUCUUUCAUAAAUUGUACCAUCCAAAACUCUUAUGGUUUAUACAUAUGGUUCAGUGAUAUUGUGAAAUCUUAAUUUUGGCUCAUUUUGCGAGUGACGGCACUUGCCAGAUCUUGAAGCCUAUGUGUCAUUCUGAGUGACCACCGUAUUAUUGUUCUACAUUUAAAUGACAAGUGAUUCUUCUUUCAUAAAUAAAUUGUACCAUCCAAACCUCUCAUGGUUUAUACAUAUGGUUCAGUGAUAUUGUGAGAUCUUAAUUUUGGUUCAUUUUGCGAGUGACGGCGUAUGCCAGAUCUUGAAGCCUAUGUGUCAUUCUGAGUGACCACCGUAUUAUUGUUCCACAUUUAAAUGACAAGUGAUUCUUCUUUCAUAAAUUGUACCAUCCAAAACUCUCAUGGUUUAUGCAUAUGGUUCAGUGAUAUUGUGAGAUCUUAAUUUUGGUUCAUUUUGCGAGUGACGGCGUAUGCCAGAUCUUGAAGCCUAUGUGUCAUUCUGAGUGACCACCGUAUUAUUGUUCCACAUUUAAAUGACAAGUGAUUCUUCUUUCAUAAAUUGUACCAUCCAAAACUCUUAUGCUUUAUAAAUAUGGUUCAGUGAUAUUGUGAGAUCUUAAUUUUGGCUCAUUUUGCGAAUGACGGCACUUGCCAGAUCGUGAAGCAUAAGUGUCAUUCCAAGUGACCACUGUAUUACUGUUCCACAUUUUAAAUGACAAUACCUCAUUAUUUAUACCUUUUGUACAGCUCAAUGAUGUUGAAGGAUCUUUGUUAGUUCAUUUUGCGAGUAAAUGCUUUGGCUUUAUCAUGCCAAAUAACCACAAUUAAUUAAUUAUUGUUCUAAGCAACAUGUGGGUUGCCUUAAUGUUAUGUUUCUCAGGUUCUGACUGGUUUUACGGUUUAUGUGUACAGUUGAGUCAUGGCUGUGCUCUGUUAGAGCCUGGUGACCUGUGGGACACUAUCAGUUCUGCAAUUGAAUGACAGGGGAAUUAAUUUAUUUCAGUUUUUAUUUACACUUAAAAGAGUCUGAAUGAAACAAAUGCAGAUUCAACAGAAAGAGGCAUUUCUGCUCUCUACUUUAACACCUGUUCCAAAAAACAUAUAUAUUUAAUGAAAAAGUUAGUAGGAAUAAAAUGCAGGGAGAAAUUUUUCUCACAAAUAUCCUCAAACUGUUCCUUUGAUUAAGAGAGUGUUUUCAGCUUUUAGCAUCGUGUCAUUGUUCUGCAACCCAAUCAUUUACACUGAGUAUGAGCAGUACAUGCUUGUUUACCAACUGUGGGUUACUUGUUGGCUGCUAAAUCAUGGCUCUUCAUUUUUCUUUCAGAAAAAAAAUUAAAGGGCCAAUAUGCUCUGAGGGAGUCAACUAGCAUCAGUUAGUCAGACAAGGACAAGUACCUUGCAUGUAUGUCCGUUGCAUAUAUGUCAUCAGAGGAGUCUUUGUCUGAAACAGCUGUAUCAGAGUGGCAUGAAGGUAAUUCUUCAGGUUCAGAUGAGGACCUCCCAAACAGGGAAAAUCUCUGUGUAAGGCCACUUUCCUGGCAGAGCUUUGAGGUUAAUGGUUUAAUGGCCCAGUUGGACCGCAAAGUUGCAUGGUGUCAAAGCCAAUGAAGUGAAAAUAAUGGUAAUAGAGCACACAGUGAGACCAGCAUCAAACCAAGGAGCACCAGAUGAAGCUAGAUGAUGCUCCUGAGUUUGCUCUGGCACCCACCACUUACAAUAGAAAAAGGAACUUGAUCAUAAAAAUAACACAGAUAAUUUUUUGAAGAACAUUCAGAAAAGAAGAAGACAUUUUAGAUAAAAAUUUACAAAAAAAUAAUAACACUCAAGUUGAAGUUGACAUGCAUCAUGAUUCAGUUCCUUUUCAGUUAAGUUCCUAGAACCAUAUUUACUCAGUAGACAAUUGCACAAUUUUUUGAGUUUUGAUGAAGACCUACAAUGUAGUAAGUGAAUAUCCUUUGACACCCAUGGGAAGGAGCCACGUUAAAACUAGGUAAAUUACCAAAUCUCAAAGUGAUUUGUCACAAUCCAAUGAAAAUCUUGCCUGUGUUGCAGACACUCUAAACCUUCUGUAUAGAGCAUGCCGUCCGAGAAUUAGUGCACAAUAUCAUGUUUGAAUCCCACAGGGUCACAAAGACAUGCAUGUAUGUCAGCGUUUUGUGAUUGGCUAGGUUCUUGCGCUGUUUGUGAUUAGUCCGAUUUGAAAUAAAGUGUCGACACAAAGUCACAUAAUCCCAAUGACCUUUGUAUGGUAUGGUGGAGCCACAAACGUUCCCUUACCAGACAAAUGUCUGCAAAAUUUGCCAUCUUUGCAGAGCUGUCCUUGUUAGUUUGCACCGAAUCACUCUGUAACUUGGUAACUUUACUGAAUUUUAAAAACCUUCCAUCUAGUAGCCUGUAAAUGCAGCUGUAUUUUCAGUCGUCGUGUCCAUUCACCCAACAUAUGUAACUGGAGAUACAUCUGCAUUCACUUUCCGACGUGGUGACAGAUCCUAGGGCUACCCUAAGCACUGCCUAUAAAAGCGCCACUCCGAGGACUAAAUCUAGCCAAUACACCCCAUAGUAGAGUAAUUACUGGACUCCAAAUGCCAUCAUCCUAUUUUUUUCUUGGCAUAUUUUAUGAAAAAAGAGUGCAGUUAUGUUUUAUGCAAAAAAAAAAAAAUACCGUGUGUGAUAACAGUUUUUUGAUAAGCAUGGCUUAAAUUUUAAUCACCUGCAUGCCAAUAACAAUAAUAAUGAUGAUGAAUUAAAGAAGUUCUACAGAGCUUUCAUAGUGUAUAGGUUAAGUUGUGUUUAGAUAAUUUGGAUAUUUAAUCAGUCCAAUACUGCAAGCAAAACAGCUGAUCAUGUGAAUCAGAAGAAAAUUGCUCAAAUUUUUAGCAAAUAAUUUGAUUUUAGUAGAAAAAAUAAAUGUAAUAAAUUAUUUAUGGUCAUAUAAUAAUACAAGAAUUUCACCAAAUCAUAUUAUUUACAGUGAUAUAAUAAUAAUAAUAAUAAUAAUAAUAAUAAUAAUACAAGUAUUUAACCAAAUCAGUGGAUAGCAGAUUUGCUUUCAUAACUUUAAAAACUUUUGGCUAUCUAUAGGAUGAGAGUAAAAUUGGGGUGUCAUUUCAUGCUAGUUUAAGAAGUUUAGCAGUAAAUGAAGCACCUGUAAAAUAAAAUACAUGUACAUGCUAAAAAGGUGACAAAAUUAACCUUAUAAGUGUUUACUGCUGGGUAAAAAUAUAUCAAAGUCGUACCCAAAUCAUAGAAAUGCACAGAGCUUUCGUAUAGUAACUCAUUUUAUUUACAAGAAAUAUUUUUAUAUAACUGAUUUGGUUAAAAAUGAAUCAUACAGAUGUAUCUCCCCUUGGGGUAAGUGAAUAGCACUAGGUACACUAUAUAAUAUUAUUCACUGCCUAUUUUGGGUAGUGGAUAAUAUUUAUCAGAUGAAAACAAGUUCUUAUAAAUAAUAAUUAGAGGAAUAUCACUUAUAACAAUAAUUUGAGGCUAAUUUUAUUUCCUGUGGUUGAUGUUCUGUCCAUUAGUAAGGAUGUCAGAUCUACAUUGGGAGUGAUGUGUAUGUGUUGUCAUCGUACAACCAUUUGCCAAUAGUAUCAAUUGAAUCUAGAAAGAGUAUAUUUGAAGUAUACCACUCAAAUGGAGUUACGUUUUACCUGUACCAACCUUAGAUAAUUAUGAACCAGCUAGUGUUGACUUACACUGUCAAACCCAAUGUACAUUCUUAUACACUUAUGAAUUUAGAUAGUUUCACAUUGUAUGUGCUUUUUAUUUAAAGGCAUAUAUUUUGUGGUACAUGCAGUGCCCUGCAGAGGCCAAUGGAACUUUUCUUUUAAUUGAUCUUGCUUUUUAUUGUACAGUGUAAAUUAAGAUAAUAAAGUCAUUUUAUUCUUGAAAUUUUGUUUGGUGUCUAAAUUGUUUGUCAGUCAUUUAUGGUACCAAAUAAAACUAAGAAACAUGUGGAUAAUGAUGUUUUGAUCAAAUUUGCUAUCUUGAGCGAAAGUGUAAAAAAGUGAUAUUUUAAUCAACUUUGUUUACCCUACUUAAAGUAUGGAAAACUGCUAUCAUGGCAAUAUUUGCCAUCCUGAGCAAAGAUACAGAAGAACUGAUAUUUGAUCAACUUUGCUACAAUGGGGAAAAGUAUGGGAAACUACUGUUUUGAUCAUAUCUGCCAUCCUGGGCAAAAUUGAGAAUAAAGUGGUAUUUGGCCAAAUUUGCUACCCUGAGCAAAACAGUGGCAAACGCCUAUUUUGAUCAUAUUUGCCACACUGAGCAAAGAUACGGAAGAAGUGAUAAUUUGACCUCAUUUACUACACUAGGGCGAUACACAAAUAAGGUGAAUUUUUGCUCAGAUUUACUAUCCUGGGCAAAACUGUUGAAAAAUGAGUUUUGGUCACUUUUGCUACAUUGAGCAAAAAAUGUGGCAAAUUACUACUUUGACCGAAUUUGCUAUAGAGAGCAAAAGCAUUCAAAAAUUCAUCUUUGAUCGCUUUUGCCCAUUUGGGCAAAAACCUGACAAAUGUCAGUUUUGCUAUCAAGUUUGACACCCCUGUAAAUGCCUUGAUAAAGUAAAGGUUAUCCUUGUUUUUACACACGGGGCAAAUUUGAGGCAAAUUCGGCAUUUACCACCUUUGCCACCAAUGCAAAAUUAUGGCAAAGUUGGUCCUAUGUCAUGUGGCAAAACUGAGCAAAAUUAAGUAAAUGUGGCAUUUGCAGAUGAUUUGCUCCAAAUUUGCUAUAGAGGUAAAUUCGUUUUUUCGUCCAGUGGAGGGCACAGUUCGAGGUUGUCCGCUAAAGUGAGAAGUGAGUCCAUUUGCUUUUAUUGUAUUCACAUUCAUGGUAAGUACAGUGUGUUGAUAAUUGGGGAUAACAGGCUCCAUGGUCAUCACACGGCUAUCUUUGUGGUACUAGGAUAUCCAUAAUUUAUGCCUUGGGGAUGAAAAUUGAUAGCACUUUUUUUUAGUUGAAAAAGGAUUCUACAAAACUGACAAGUUGGUCUCCUUUUUUAUUUUAAAAGCUAUUUUACUGUCACGCCAGUAAAAUGUAGUUAAUGGAACGUGACGCCAGUUAUCAGUAACCCUUUCAUGGCGGUUCCUUUUCAAUAAAGCAGUUGUGUAGUCAAGCUACCAAGGUCAGCAAGCUCUAAGAUACAUUGUAUUCUAGCGUAGAACUUUACGGCCUUGUUGUCUUUAGCAUGGUAGUACGAUCCCCAGCAUUGGCCAACUUUUUCAAUGCACUAUUCAUGGUUAAGAGUUCGCACGUGCAACGCUGAGCUGUCUUGUAGUACAGCCUUUUCUACUGGCUAUGCCAGCAGACGUUUGUCUAGCUAUAAAAGCCUAGAACAAGUGUUCAGAGUUCACUUGGCUUCUGUUAUUCAGCAAGGUUAGCGCUCAGUAUACGAUUCUUGAAAAAUUUUUAAAAUUUUUAAAAUGGCUCGCCCUCGUCGUACUAUUUCGCACUCGAACCGUGCAUCCAGCCGAGGUGAACAGGAUCUCUCCGCGCUAUCAAGCGAAGUGCUCAAACUCCGUCUUCAAGCCCUGAACCUCCCCAUUACGGGAUCCAAACGGCAGCUGCUAAAUCGACUGAAGCGGGCCUUGCCGGGACAAGUGUCAACGUCGACCACAGGGCAACCACAGCGAGUUUCCAAGGCUAAAGCUCGUAAGGGGCGCCCUGCAACGAGAACCACCACGGCGACCGGGCGCUCGUCGGAAAGCCUUUCAGCGAACCUAGGCAACGUUAAUAACGAAGACAACGCCCUGUCAGACCGCGCUUCGUUGUCUUCUAUCGAGGACAUGAUCGAGUCGGAUCAUGAGCCGGACAAGUCCAACUUCCAACGGAACACCGGUUUCGGCCAAACUCAGCGUGUAGCAAUCGAGGCCAUCGUGACUGAUUCAGUCCGCUCCACCAUUACAACGCUUCAAACUUCCCCAGCCGCUCAUCUUCCUUCACCAGCCGCGCAGCUCCCUUCUGCCUCGCCUCAAAGUCUCUUCACACCUGCCAUGGCUUCCCCUCUAGGGCUUUCUAGGCCAGUAGACAAGCGUUACUUUUGCCCGAUACAUUAUACCAGUCCCAGACCCCUGAAAUUCAGCUCCGUUUGGACGACUCGUCCUCAGGCCCCAUGGGUUCUCCGGUUACCAUGCCAAGAAAGAAAAAACCGGUAAUUGAUACCUUCCCCAAGUGGCUCGACGCUUUCAUGACCAACAUGUUAAUACUCGUGAAUGCCUACCCACGACUAGGCUUUUGUACAUUAUGCUAGCAUUUUUUCGAGCGUUUUAGUGAGGCAAUAGCAUUGAGCAUUAUUCGAGCAUUUUAGUGGCAUUUCCCCCGGAAAAUUAAUUUUUCCGAGAAAAUAAAAUAGAAAUUAACUUUUUUUCAGGAGCCCAUGCCCCAUGAGCUCCUGCUUUUUUAAACAAAAUGAAGACUAAAAUUCAAAAUUCACAAAAAACCUAAUACAGCUGGUUUUUUUUGGCUGUAUUUAUGAACUUGUACACGUUGUCGUUGUUACUUGCAACACUUGCACGUUUUUGUAAGUGUAAACUUUGAAAUUAAUUUUACAAAAACCGUUUGUAUAAUGAGCAUUAUCCGAGCAUUUUAGUGACUUUUUUGGGGAGACCGAGCAUUUCAGUGGGAAAAAUGGAGCAUUAAGGUGGAGCAUUUUAGUAGGGAAGCAAAAGCAUAAUGUACAAAAGCCUACCCACGACGGGCGCUCGAGCUUAUCAAAUACCAGCAAAUUAUCAGCAGAGCGGUCGCUAAAUUUAAGGGUUUGGCCUGGCUAUCGUACGACCAGCAGUUCCGUCGCCGGGCGGUCUAUGACUUGUCCCUAAGCUGGGAUAAGGUAGACCUUGAGCUAUGGACAGUGACUUUUGCAAUGUUUGCUCAAGUCCCUAUCACGCUGAGGAUAUCUGUCCUUCUGCUGACCUUAACAGAAAAUCUCGCCGCCCCCAGUCUGUGUGCUUCGACUUCAACAAGUCCUCUGGCUGCCGGCGCCGAAAUUGCAGCUUCCCCCACGUGUGCCGCCGCUGCUAUUCCAGCACCCACCCCGCCCCGGAAUGCACCCAGCCACAGCCCAGCAGCGCCAACAAGGCCCCAAGACCUAGCGACCGCAGCAAGAAGUAAAGUGGAGCAGCAACAGCUUAAUCACAAGCCUUUAGUAUCCUCGCCUAUUGACAUUUAUCGUUUAGAGUUAGAAUUAGCCACUCAUCCUAAUAGAAACUUUGUAUAUAAUCUGCUUAGUACGCUCAAGGAGGGCGCUCGCAUCGGCUAUACAGGGCCGCGUUCAGACUGGGUCUCCCCGAACCUCAUUUCGGCAGCACAGCACCCUUAAGUCGUUUCUUUGAAUUUGCAGAAGGAAAUAGCCCUGGGAAGGGUAGCAGGUCCCUACCCCUCCCCCCCGUUACCUAAGUUUCAAUGUCAUCCCGUAGGCGUUAUCCCCAAAAAGCACUCAACUGAAUGGCGCACUAUUUACCAUCUCUCCUUCCCCAGGGUACUAGCAUUAACGACCACAUUCCUAAAGAUCCCUACUCUCUAAGUUAUGUACAGGUUGACGAUGCCAUCCGUAUCCUCCAGUCCCUGGGAAGGGGAGCUUUUAUGGCCAAGACUGAUUUCAAAUCAGCCUUUCGUUCGAUACCUAUUCAUCCGGACGACUGGAACUUACUAGGCAUUUACUGGCAAUCCCAAUAUUAUGUAGACAUGUACCUACCCUUCGGGCUCCGUUCGGCCCCGUUCCUGUUUAAUCAGUUGUCCGACGGCCUCGAGUGGAUCCUUAAAAAUAACUACGGCAUCCAGCAUGUUAUUCACAUCCUGGACGAUUUCUUUAUUGCCGAGCGAAACAAAUUAGACUGUUUAACCAGCUUUAGUACUCUGUUAAGGGUAUUCAUGUCACUUAAGGCCCCGGUAGUCGCUUCCAAGACGAUAGGCCCCUCCCGGGAGAUUGAGUUUAUGGGCAUUAUCUUAGACAGCGUCCGCAUGGAGGCCCGCUUGCCCCAGGACAAACUCAUCAGGAUUAAUCAGCUGCUCGACUCCUUCAAAAAUCGUCGGUCGGUGCGCCUGGUCGAGUUACAGUCACUGAUCGGCCGGGACUCUUCAGUUUGCAUGUAAAGUAGUGGUGCCGGGUAGGACCUUUCUACAGCGAGCGAUUAAUUUGACCAGGGGGGUCCCCAGUCGUUUUCACCAAAUAAGGCUGAAUAAGGAAUUCCUUAAGGACCUAGCCAUGUGGAAAAUUUUUCUCUCCAAAUGGAAUGGGCGCUCCUUUUUUCUCGAGUCUACUCCUACACCUGCUCAAAAUCUCGAGCUAUAUACCGACGCUGCGGGCUCUAUAGGCUUUGGGGGAUACUUCCAGGGCAAGUGGUUUCAGGGCCAUUGGCCCCCGAACAUGCAGUUGAACCAACAACAGGGAAUUAGUAUUGAAUGGCAAGAGCUCUUCCCCAUCGUUGUCGCCUGCGCCAUAUGGCACCCUCUUCUCCCCGGAAAACGCCUUCAAUUCUGGUGCGAUAAUUUAUCUGUGGUUUCUAUUAUAAAUUCAGGGCAUUCUAAGAUCCCCCGCAUUAUGGAUUUGGUUAGACGUCUCGUGCUUCUUUCCAUGCAGCACAACUUCGUAGUGCGAGCUCGUCACGUGCCCGGGGUUUCAAACGCAAUUGCUGACGCACUCUCCCAAUUUCAGAUGCAGCGCUUCCGGGUCCUUGCCCCCGACGCCGACCAGAAUCCUUGUACCAUCCCGCCUUCGCUCAUGACCCUCUGAGGGAGGACGUCCUGCGGUACGCUACCUGGGGUCUUGCUGAGAACACAAAUCGGGCCUACAGCUCUGGGGAAAAACGGUUUUUACAAUUUUGCCUUAUGAAUCGUAUCUUCAGCUCAGACGGGG